AUGGCUAGGCCUAGGAAGCGUUCACCAAAGAAACCAUCAUUUUUCAAGAUCCUAAUUGGUGACUUCUCUCAGCGUCUGCGUAUACCACCUAAGUUUAUUAAGAACUUCAAUGGGCAAUCACUUCGCAAAUGUGCUCUUAGAGGCCCUAGUAGACAAUGGUGGGAUGUGAAAUUGGAAGAGAGAGAGAAUAGCUUGUUCUUCCGUGAUGGUUGGCAGGGUUUUGUGAAAGAUCAUGUUUUAGAAUUUGGGGAUCUUUUGGUUUUUAGUUACAAUGGCAAAUCAAAGUUUAAGGUCAAAAUCUAUGAUAGAAGUGCAUGCGAGAAGAAUGUAGAUUUAGCCGAGAGAAGAAGUGGUAGUCCAGUUUCUUUGGUGAACAAAGGAAAUCAAGCUCAAGUGAAGGAUGAAAUUGUUGAGCUUGACACUGAAGACUGCGAAAACAAAACGAUCGAUUCCAACAGAAGAAGUUGCAAAUAUCCCAUUUCUGAAAAGAGGCCUAUAAGUUUUUGUGUACAAGAAACAUCAACUGGAUCCAUCUUGUUCAAAUCAGAGAAUCCAUGUUUCCUAGUUUGUUCGAGGAAGCAGCAUUUACUAUAUCGUGUGACGAUUCCGAAUGAACUAGCCGUAGCUGAAGGCCUUAGGAGGAGAGAUGCUGUCAUGCUUCAAGAUCCAACUGGGAGAUCAUGGCUUGUUGAACUUAGAGUGGAAUUCCAUAAUCGUUUGGACAUGGCAAUAGGUUGGACAGAAUGUCGUAAAGCGAACCAAAUUUCACCUGGGGACUCCAUCAUUUUUGAGCUUGUCAAGCAAGGUGUAAUGCAAUUUCAUAUUUUCAGAGGAGCAGUGGGAGGCAAUAGGUUAUCUGUGAUAACUGCUGCCCUUAAUGUUAAAAAUUAA